AUGAACGUCGGUACCUUGCAUCAGUGCUUUUUAGGUACCCUUCAAGCUGAUUCGGGUAUUAGAACUAAUGCAGAAGAAGGACUUAAAGAGGCUGCUAAGACUCAGGGCUUUCUAGCUGCAUGCCUUGACAUCUUGGACUCCUCUGACGUCGAGUUGCCCGUGAAAAAGGCCUGCCUUAUCUACUUCAAGAAUGUCAUUAUUAGAAAUUGGGAAUCAGGCAAAAAUAUCGACAAUGACGAGAAACCCAUCGUUAGGGAUAGACUUGUUACCACCAUUGUUCAUUCUGAAAGAAGCAUGAAGAGUAUCUUUGUUCCUGUUCUCAAUGAAGUUCUUGUUGCCGACUAUCCACAGCAAUGGCCUAGCUUUCUCCCUACUGCUGUCUCGCUCAUGAGCAAUAGUAAUGAUCUUGACUCGCUAUAUACUGGAAUUCUUUGCUUUUCCGAACUUUGUCGUAAGUACAGGUGGAUGAAGAAUCCUGACAGAAGCGCCGAAUUAGACCCUAUAAUUGUACAGUAUUUUCCAAGUCUUUUACAUAUUGGUAAGCAACUUGUGUCUGAUCCUGCUGCCCACGAUUCUCAUUGGGAGGUUGGAGAAAUCGUCAAGUUGAUCAUGAAAUGUUACAAGUUUGUCACUUACAUGGAUAUGCCUUUACCCUUACAGGAGAACAAUACUGAUGCUGGCUGGAUAACAUUUCACGUUGAAACCAUGAACAUGAAUCUUCCACCGAGUGCAAUGAAAAUGGACGAAGACGAGCGGUAUCUUAACCCUUGGGUCAAAGCCCAGAAAUGGGCAUAUGCCAACAUUUUUAACAUCUACGUUAGAUUUGGUUCCAAGGGUUGGUUAGCCAGUAGUACGUAUGACAAAUUUAGAACCUUCUUCUCUGGUAAUGUUGUUCCAGGCCUGUUGAAAGUGUAUUUUGAAAAAAUACAGGAAUGGAGACAACAGGGUAGGUGGAUUAGUGAUGCAUGCUUCUAUCAGAUUAUUUCCUUCAUCGAGCAUGCCGUCACAAAAAAGUCCGCCUGGCAACUUAUUAGGCCUUAUAUGAAUACGUUGAUAACCGAUUUAGCAUUUCCAUUACUUUGUCCAAGGGACUCUACCCUUGAUCUCUUUGAAAAUGACCCUCAGGAGUACAUUCUGAUGACAUUUGCCAUUGAAGAGACUAAAAACUCACCCAUAACUGCCGCUAGAAACAUGAUCUCUACGCUGGUCGAGAAGAGAAAGGAGGUGGCGUUACAACCUGUGCUUCAAUUCGCCUACGAAAAGCUAAGCUCUCUCGCAACUGCCCCGGACGUUCUUGAAACAGCCAAGCAGAAAGAAUCGGCUUUGAGAUUGAUCGAUGCUAUCUCUCGACAGCUGGUUGAAGAUGAGAGUCCAGUGAAAUCUCAGUUGGAAGAGUUCCUUGCUACCUCUGUGUUCCCCAAUUUUAAAUCUCAGUAUGGUUUUCUCAGAGCCAGAACAUGUGAUGUUUCUUCCAAGUUUGAUAAGGUUGACUUCACACAGCCACAAAAUCUCAGCAUUCUUUUCCAAGGUGUUAUAAACUGUUUCAACGAAGUAGAUCAUAUCCCUGUUCAAUUUGAAGCUGCUAUGGCAAUUCAAGCUUUCAUUGACUUCCCUCAAUUCAAAGAGGCAUUAGGAUUGAUAAUUGUCGCAACCACGGAAAAGUUGCUUACUCUCUCCAAUGAAAUUGAUAGUGAUGUAAUACCUGCAGUGAUCCAAUCAUGCGUCGAAAACUACUCUGAACAGUUGGAGCCAUUCGGAGUGAACUUGAUGUGCAAGUUGACAGAGCAGUUGAUGCGUAUACUAAGUGAACUGAAUGAUGCUCAGAACUCAAAUGUCGACGAUUAUGAUACCGAUGAACUGGGUACCAAGACAAAUGCUGCUUUGGGACUUUUCAGUACAGUCAUCACUGUUUUGUUGUACUUCGAAAACUCAGCAGAGAAGAUCAGUAAUCUAGAGCAGAUAUAUGCUCCGAUGAUACAGUAUGUCUUGAGAAAUGACCUUGACAGCUUUUUUGCCGAAGCAUUUGAAAUGAUUGAGAAUACCACUUUUCUAACGAGGAGCGUGUCUCCGAUAAUGUGGUCUCUAUUUGAAGAUUCGAUGACAGCACUAAUGAAUUCAGAUCUUUCGUUGAAUUUGGAGGACGCUGUGUCUGCUCUUAAGAACUAUUUAAUGUAUGGGGGCACUACUUUCAAGGAAAACAAGCAGUAUGAACAAGCAAUCAUGCAAAUGGUAAUGAAAGUGUUUACCACGGAGGGAGACUUUGCUGCUGAUGAUAUGCUAAAUGCAGCAGAGAUUGCCACAUACUUUGUGCUUGCUUUGAACGCAGACACAGCGGGACCAUUUGUGCCUCAUCUAGUAAAGGAAGCACUCAGAUUGAUCAGUUCUGAUGAUGUUGAGCAUUCUUCCAACAUUUUCAAGACGAUUCUGGCCAAUGUAAUUAUUGCAUCCAUGGUGAUCGAUCCCAAUGAUUGCAUCCAAACGUUGUUUGAGCAGAAUGCCUUUGAUCAAUUUUUCAAUCUAUGGACCAAACUUUGUGCCGGCUAUAAGAGAGUGUUCGAUUUGAAACUAUCUAUCCUUGCUUUAAUUAGCUUUCUUAACAUUGACUCAAAAUCUCUUACGCAGAUGGAUCUUGGCAAAUUCGUACCUCAAUCAGGAAUUAACUUGGCCGUUUUACUUACUGAGAUACCACAAGCCAUUAGUGAUUUAGAGAAGAAGAGAAAAGAAUUCAAUAGCGAAGAGGCCAAGUUCAACGAUUCGACAUUUAUUCCUGCAGGAAUUCAUGAUGAUGAUGAUGAUGACGAUUGGGAGGAUGAGAAUGAGGAAGAGAACCUAGACGAUCUAACUGGUGAAUCGGAACUAGUGAUGGAUAGCGAUUAUUUAGACCAGUUUGGAUUCUCCACGGAAGAGGGUCUUGAUGAUGAUCCGUAUGUCAACACCCCAUUGGACAACUUGAAUGUAUUUAAGACGUUUAAGGACUUCAUGUUUACUACGCAGUCCGGAGACACUGAAAAAUACUCUCAGAUUUUGUCCGUUUUGACGACUAAUCAGCAGCACACACUUUCCAACAUUGUUCAGAUAGCGUCAGACUAG